AUGAGUUCGAAAUACUUUGGUUCAAUAUUUUGUCAAGACUGUGGUACUUUACUUUUUAAUACAGGCGAUGAUUUCAUUGAAUGUUCUGCUUGUACGUGUCGACAUGAUGCUACUGAAUAUGAAAGCAUAGUGAUAACAUCAAAAAGUAAACCAAAAACAUUUCCUUCGAAACUUCGAUCUCGUCAUUCAAAAAUACAACAACUUGACAAUUAUAAAGAAGAAAGUGCUUCUUGUGGAAACGAAGAAAUGAAUUAUCAUACUAUGCAACUUCGUUCUGCAGAUGAAGGUCAAACUAUAUUUUACCACUGCACAAAGUGCAG